AUGUCUUCCACACGCCGUCGAGACGCCGCAGUCAAGAUGAAGCUCAACAUCUCAUACCCCAACAAUGGCACCCAGAAGCUGAUCGAGGUCGACGAUGAGCGCAAGCUCCGCGUCUUCAUGGAGCGCCGCAUGGGUCAGGAAGUCCCCGCCGACAGCAUCGGCGACGAGUUCAAGGGAUACAUCGUCAAGAUCACCGGCGGUAACGACAAGCAAGGUUUCCCGAUGAAGCAGGGUGUCAUGCACCCAACCCGUGUCCGCCUCCUGCUCUCCGACGGCCACUCCUGCUACCGCCCUCGCCGCACUGGUGAGCGCAAGAGGAAGUCCGUCCGCGGAUGCAUCGUCGGCAUGGACCUCUCCGUCCUUGCCCUCAGCAUCGUCAAGAAGGGCGACGAGGACAUUCCCGGCCUGACCGACAUUGUCCACCCCAAGCGCCUCGGUCCCAAGCGCGCCACCAAGAUCCGCCGCUUCUUCGGUCUCAGCAAGGAAGAUGAUGUGAGUUUUCUCAUAGCUUCUUCGCCAAUCCUGCUUCGCAUAGCGGAUUGA